AUGGCCUCGCUGGACCUACCGUACAGAUGCCCGCGAUGCGGGGAGCAUAAGCGUUUCCGGAGCCUGUCGUCGCUGCGCGCGCACCUGGAAUACAGCCACACCUACGAGACGCUCUACAUUCUCUCCAAGACGAACAGUAUCUGCGACGGUGCGGCCGCUGCAGCAGCAGCUGCUGCAGCAGCCUCCGGUUUCCCGCUGGCACCAGAGCCCGCUGCCCUACUGGCGGUGCCCGGAGCCCGGCGCGAGGUCUUCGAGAGCACGUCCUUCCAGGGUAAGGAGCAGGCGGCAGGAUCGGCGCCCGCGGGGCCGCACCUGCUGCACCAUCACCACCACCACGCGCCGCUGGCUCACUUCCCCAGCGACCUGGUGCCCGCCAGCCUUCCCUGCGAGGAGCUGGCCGAGCCGGGGCUAGUGCCUGCCGCGCGCUAUGCACUACGCGAGAUCGAAAUCCCACUCGGUGAGCUGUUCGCGCGGAAGUCUGUGGCAUCCUCAGCCUGUUCGACACCGCCACCCGGGCCCGGCCCUGGUCCUUGUUCCGGGCCCGCCUCCGCAUCGCCUGCGUCGCCAUCGCCUGCAGAUGUAGCCUACGAGGAGGGCUUGGCACGCCUCAAGAUCCGCGCGCUGGAGAAGCUGGAGGUGGACCGGAGACUGGAGCGGCUGAGCGAGGAGGUGGAGCAGAAGAUCGCGGGCCAGGUAGGCCGGCUACAGGCCGAGCUGGAGCGCAAGGCCGCAGAGUUGGAGACAGCGCGACAGGAGAGUGCUCGGCUGGGACGCGAAAAGGAGGAGCUGGAGGAGCGCGCGUCUGAGCUCUCGCGUCAGGUGGACGUGAGCGUGGAGCUGCUUGCCUCGCUUAAGCAGGACCUGGUGCACAAGGAACAGGAGCUGAGCCGCAAGCAGCAGGAGGUGGUGCAGAUUGACCAGUUCCUGAAGGAGACAGCAGCUCGGGAGGCCAGUGCCAAGCUGCGGCUGCAGCAGUUCAUCGAGGAGCUCCUGGAGCGCGCAGACAGGGCCGAGCGCCAGCUGCAGGUCAUCAGCAGCAGCUGUGGCAGCACACCCAGUGCCAGCCUGGGCCGAGGAGGCGGGGGCAGCGCCUCAGGGCCUGGGGCCAGAGGCCCAGGCAGAACGCGAGAACACCAUGCAGGCCCAGCUGUGCCAAGCACAUACGCCGUAUCUCGGCAUGGCUCCUCUCCCAGCACAGGGGCCUCCAGCCGUGUGCCAGCUGCAUCCCAGAGCUCAGGCUGCUAUGACAGUGACAGUCUGGAGCUGCCCCGGCCAGAGGAAGGGCCCUCGGAGGACAGUGGCCCUGGGGGCUUGGGUUCACGGGCCCAGGCUACCAACGGUGGUUCAGAGCGGUCCCAGCCCCCUCGUAGUUCAGGCCUGCGACGACAGGCCAUCCAGAACUGGCAGCGCCGACCGCGCCGUCACAGCACCGAGGGGGAGGAGGGUGACGUCUCAGACGUGGGCUCCCGAACCACUGAGUCAGAGGCUGAGGGCCCCUCUGAUGUUCCACGCCCUGGACCGUCUCUGGCUGGGCCCUUGAACAGCUGCCGGCUCUCAGCCCGCCCUGAGGGAGGCAGCGGACGAGUCCGGCGAGUGGAGAGAGGUAGCCCCUCACGCUCCAAUGAGGUCAUCAGCCCAGAAAUCCUCAAGAUGCGUGCUGCCCUAUUCUGUAUCUUCACCUACCUGGAUACCCGUACCCUGCUGCAUGCUGCAGAGGUCUGCCGGGACUGGCGCUUCGUGGCUCGCCAUCCCGCCGUCUGGACGAGGGUGCUGCUUGAGAAUGCCCGAGUCUGUUCCAAGUUCCUGGCGAUGUUGGCUCAGUGGUGCACCCAGGCCCACUCAUUAACCUUACAGAACCUGAAGCCCCGACAGCGGGGAAAGAAGGAAAGCAAGGAAGAAUAUGCCCGCAGCACCCGGGGCUGUCUUGAAGCAGGGCUUGAGUCCCUGCUGAAGGCGGCCGGUGGGAAUCUGCUGAUCCUGCGCAUCUCCCACUGUCCCAACAUCCUCACCGACCGGUCACUCUGGCUGGCCAGCUGCUACUGCCGUGCCCUGCAGGCUGUCACCUACAGGAGUGCCACAGACCCUGUGGGCCAUGAGGUGAUCUGGGCCCUGGGUGCAGGCUGCAGAGAGAUUGUCUCCCUCCAGGUGGCGCCACUUCAUCCCUGCCAACAGCCCACUCGGUUCAGCAACCGUUGCCUGCAGAUGAUUGGACGUUGUUGGCCCCACCUCCGGGCCCUGGGUGUAGGUGGUGCCGGCUGUGGGGUACAGGGCCUGGCAUCACUUGCAAGAAACUGCAUGCGGCUCCAGGUCCUAGAACUGGACCACGUGUCAGAGAUUACCCAGGAGGUGGCGGCGGAGGUGUGCCGCGAAGGCCUGAAGGGACUGGAGAUGCUGGUGCUCACAGCCACCCCUGUCACUCCUAAGGCCCUGCUGCAUUUCAACAGCAUCUGCCGGAACCUCAAAUCCAUUGUGGUGCAGAUUGGGAUUGCUGAUUACUUCAAAGAGCCCAGCAGCCCCGAGGCCCAGAAGCUGUUUGAGGAUAUGGUAACAAAACUCCAGGCUCUACGAAGGAGGCCUGGCUUCUCAAAGAUUCUGCACGUCAAGGUGGAAGGUGGCUGCUAA